GUUUUCAAGGCUAUAUUCACAUCAGACAUAGAAUGUUUGACAAAGUUGGGACGAAUACUUUGCUCAUCAAAUACGAACAAAGCUCUGUCACUUCUCUGUUUGGACGCCCUGUUUCAUGAUUUGUUAAAAUUAGAGAUCGACACACAAGCCCAGACCAUCGAUUUUCUUCUUGUGUUCCAUGCCUACGCACGGGUCAUGCAAGAGGUCAUCAAAUUUUCUGAGCCCUGGACGCACAACGCGUGGCAAAAGUUGUUUUCAUUUGAACUAGCUGGCGAAGCUCAAGUUCGGAUUCGGCCUGGAACUUUCUUGCACAAGUGCUUUCCUCAGCAGGGAACGCGAAGUACCACAGCGAAUAAACGCACUAUACGAAUUUCCAAUCAUUAUUUCACCCAAACCCUCCAUCGACACCUGACUCGACGUCUCCGAACAAGAAUACUCGAUGAGAACGUCAUCUGUCGCCUUAAAAUCAGACUGUUUGACCCUUGCCCCAGAGUCAGUCUCGCGGGAGCGUGUCAUCAAUUAUAUUGCGGCCUUGUCCACCAUCCUAAUGAGACAUGGUACCACUCAAGAGCAAGGUGUUACCUUCUGCAGAUCAUCAUCCUUCACAUUCUGCAAACGACACCGUCCGCUGAUACGAUGAAUGAACGGACGCCUCUCAGAAUCUUCUGGCUGGAUAAAUUGGAAGAUGUCUUCAGUCCGUUGAUAUACCUGCACGGCUCACUAUCUGCGCUUCGCAUGGAUCUGAUACCGGAGGCCCCUACAGCGAUCCAGAUUCUCAAGGGGUGGAUACUAGACACCUUAUUUGCACUUGAUGCGACUGAUACAGAGACAUCAUUUCUCGAACAUCUCCUGAAAGCAACGACGCUUGGCUUGGCAAUAAAUUAUCAGGCCACCACGCACUAUCUCCAGCGCAUACCCAGCGUAGUGUCACCAAAGGAACGCCAUCAGCGGCUCCUUACUGGUGGCGGCCUUUAUUCCGAACCAGUCUACGUACUCCAUAGCGUUAUCGCUUUCCUUACAGGUAGUCCAGCGAGGCCGGAUACAGAUUUGAUGCGCGGGGUGUCUUUUCUGAAAUACCUUGUCAAUAAGUCUAUCUCUAUUCACGCUGGCGUCUUGUGCGGUUUGGUAGAUCGCAUUUGCGGAUUAUUCAUUCUUGUCGAAAAUUUCAAAUCACACGAUGGCUUGCAUGAUGUCAUGCUUCCUCGCUCUUGGCUCGCGGAGCUCUGGCAACCGUUCAUCAAGUGCAAAGACAAAACAAGCAGUGGCUACAAAUUAAUCCUCUCACUCUUGAGGCAGCUGUUGGAGGACGUAUGCGAUGCCGAUUCAUCUUCUCAACACGUCAUUUGUCCCGAAAACAUCCCACUAUGGGCGACAAAGAGCAGUUGCAUCGCUCGGAUGUGCAGGGCUAUAUGUCUUCUCGGAUUCAAUAUCGACGAUACAUUCCUUCGAAAUGGAAUAUACGACGUAGUCAGUUCGCUAUGGACCGACUUAGACUUGACAAUAUCCUCUAGAUAUAUGCAAGCUCGCGAUUGGGAUGGCCUUGCAAAAGUGGUCAAAGCAUCAGCCAAGGAUUCGAGUAUGGACGAAAUGGUUCAAUUGUGCUGGGACAAUCGAGAUCAAGCCAAUAUUGCAGGAGUGCGACGAGUCAUCUUCCACAGGAUCGAAGACAUCCCGCGCUUAUUGGAUGAACAUAUCUCUCAUAGACUUCCAUCUCUUGCAGAGGCCCGUUUUCUGCGCGUUGAACCCAGAAAGGCUCCAAGGACAGAUGAGGGGACCGAACUUGCCAAGCCAGGUGCUGGCGUGGGUGAUGCUGAAGAAACAAGAUCGGCGAUUAGUGAAGAGGCCCUCACGGAACAGGUGGAUAGUCUCGCUGGUAACGAAUAUACAAACGAAGCUGCUCCGGUCGAGUUUCCGCCAACAUACGUGUCGGAGAAAGAGGACAGGGCUGCGCGUGUUAUCCAGCGGGCAUUCCGGCGCACUCUUCGCCGUCCUCAAAUAUCGCUCAAGAAGCCCGGGGAUGCUUUGCGAGCACGGCUGCUCAAGGAGUGCCUAGUCCAUGAACGGACCGUUGAAUGGGUAUCAAAGGCGCUUCGUCAUAUGUAUCUUGAUGGUUUGCCAUAUCUGAUGCACUGCAUCGAGCGCACUCUCGAGAAGGCAAAGGACAUCAAGAACGAUAUCAAGAAGAGGCGCGCCGAGGGACAUACCUUGGACGCGAUGGACGACAUGAACCAACAGCAGACAAAAAUGAACGGUAUCAUCAAAAGUGCAACAGCGAUGAUGAAGGAGCUGCAUCCUACCUCUCACAUUCAUAACUCAUCAGAUACAACUCUGCUUCUGAACAAAGCAACACAGGUGAAGGAUUUUCUCAAUGAGGUUUCUGGAGAGUCACAGCUGCAUUCUGAAAUCGAGAUGGCGAUAAGGGUGUACGGGUUACAAAAAGGUGGAGGAAAGAAGAAACCAAUCCUGAACACAGAGGAUUUAUGA